AGAACACAGUGAAGGCUCAAGAUGAGAAUCAAAUACGGAGUGCUACGCGGAAGAGUCGGUCAAGAUGGCUACAGUCUUUGCAUUUGUGAAUUUCCUUGUUUUCUGCAUGACUGCACAAAGUGCUCCUAGGCCCGAAGUGAUUGAUUUAGGCUACGGGCUAGACGACAAGACGCAGUUUUGGCCCGGAACACAGAGGUUCAAUGUUACUCUCGAGUUGAGAGUCAAAAAUAAAUCCGGAAUCCCGUGGUUAGCUAUGAACACAUUCGAGACUUCUGAUCACAUUGGUACACACGUGGAUGCACCGUUUCAUUUUAAUGAAAAAGGCUGGAAAAUAGGAGAAAUUCCUUUGCACCGGUUUAUGGUGAGGGGAGUAUUAAUCGACGUUUCCAAUAAGGUAAAAGGCAACAACGAUUUCGUUCUUGAACGAGAAGACAUCAAGGAGUGGGAAUCUCAACAUGGCAUCAUACCAGAUGAAUCGAUAGUUCUUUUCCGGUUUGGAUGGUCGUCUCGUUACUAUGACAACCGAACUGCUUACUUCGGAUUUGGAAAUAGCAACUCAUCAAUAAUGAAUUAUCCUAGUCUCUCUAAAGACGCUGCCAAGUACAUUGUUGAAUGCGGAAAUGUGUUUGGUGUUGGUGUUGACACCCCGUCUCUGGAUCCUGGGAAGGUUGUUUCUGGUGAAGCUCAUCAGACGUUGUUAGGCGCACAAAUAUUUGGGAUUGAAAAUCUUAAUUUGGAAAACGAUGCGCUGCCAGCGACAGGUUUCAUGCUGCAUGUUCUGCCAAUGAAGAUCACGCACGGAACUGGAGCUCCCUGCCGUGUUAUUGCAUUCCUGGGCCACAGAGUGCGUCGUUUGUGAUGUAGCGUAAAGCCGGAUCAUGACGUUCUAAGAAACUUUGGAAUUAACAACGAAACCCUUCCUUAAUCCUCUUACAUGUUCCUGAAGAAGUGAAAAUGCCUGGACUUUUGUUAUCUUACAUCCUGCUUGUUGUCUUUACCCCCCCUUGAAUUGAAGGUGAAUUAUAAUAUUGUACCCUUUCGCAGUUCCAGUUUCCAUUCAAAUAAGCUAUACUUGUAACAAUAAAAUUGCUUUUUUAUUUUAACAA